GCCAGAGUACGGUAACUGUUUUAAAAGCGAACGUAACACUUGGCUGUCUCAAUACGCCGAUUCGACUUCAGAGGCAGGUAUAAUGGUUCUUCACUGUUCAAGAUUACUCUUAUCAAAACCAUUGCAAAGGCCAUGGUUUCCAGCAUUUAUAAGGCUCAACUCAACAACAGCUCAAGUCUCAUCAGGAAAAGUUCAAAUUGGAGAAAGGACAUAUGAAGCAGACGAAAUGACAAACGUGACACCCAAAAUCCUAUCGCACCUUGGCAGGAAUCUUCAUCUCCAAAAGUACCAUCCCUUGAACCACAUUUCCCAAAGAAUUUCCAAGUUUAUGUAUUCGAGAUACUUGAGUCCCAGAGGAAAUCCACUUUUUUCCAUCCAUGAUAGACUACAACCUGUUGUCACCCCUCAUCAAAAUUUUGACUCACUGUUGAUCCCCAAAGAUCAUGUUAGUAGAAAAAAGAGUGACAAUUAUUAUAUUAAUAAGGACUUCCUCCUGCGCGCUCACACAAGUGCUCAUCAGAGUGAAUUGAUCAGUAUGGGUUUUGAUAACUUCUUGGUUAUGGGUGAUGUGUAUAGAAGAGAUGAAAUUGAUGCAUCACACUACCCAGUGUUCCAUCAAGUAGAGGGUGUGAGGUUAACCACAAAGAGUGAACUUUUUGGAAGUCACCAGAACAUGGAUGACUUCCAACUCUUUGAAAACACAGAACGUUCAGAAACCCAACAAGGAGUUCACAAUCUAGAGGCUGUGAAGCUUUUAGAGGCAGAUUUGAAAGGUUGUCUUGAGGGUCUGGCAAUGACUCUGUUUGGCAAAGAUGCUGAAAUGAGAUGGGUAGAUGCAUACUUUCCAUUCACUCACCCUUCUUGGGAACUCGAGGUUAAACUGAACGAUGACUGGGUAGAGCUUCUUGGUUGUGGUGUGAUUGAACAGGAAAUUCUAGUAAAUGCUGGGGUGAUAGACAAAGUUGGCUGGGCAUUUGGCCUCGGACUGGAGCGAUGGGCCAUGAAGCUCUAUGGCAUCCCAGAUAUUAGGUUGUUCUGGUCGUCAGAUUCUGGAUUCUUGUCACAAUUUAAGUUUGAGGAUUCAUCUAAGAAUAUCAGAUAUAAGAAUGUGAGUCAAUAUCCACAGUGUGUCAAUGACAUCAGUUUCUGGCUUCCUGGAGAUGGAGCAUAUGAACCGUCUGACUUUUAUGAUCUUGUACGGAACAUUGGUGGCAGCACAGUAGAGCAGGUUACCCUUAUUGAUAAUUUUACUCACCCAAAAAAGAAAAUGACCUCCCACUGUUACCGAAUAGUGUAUCGGCACAUGGAGCGGACUCUUACUCAGGAAGAAGUCAAUGUUAUACACAAGGAGAUAGAAAAAACUGCUGCAGAAUCUCUAAAUGUUGUAAUCAGAUAACUGUAAUUAAAGAAAGGAAAAAAAGUAAAUGUAAUAACUGUAAUUAAAGAAAGGAAAAAAAAGUAAAUGUAUCCUAUAGCAAGAAAUUCAGGAUUGAAUAAUGUUCAGUAUGAUUUUUUCAUUGUUUUCAUUCAGAGGAUCAGAUAACUGUUUGACUUCCUUUAAUCUUUGUGUACUGUCUCUUCUGUAUAGAUUUUGAGCCUUUUUUUCAAGACAGAUAUGCAUCUUUGUAGAAAUUUAUGUAUAUAUGGUAUGUAAAUAAAUCAUUUGUUAUUAAA